AUGCUUUUUUUUUGUUUUCUUGUUUUCUUCACCUUGGCUUGGCUAAACGUUGUCUUAUCAAAACUGAACUUUCAAAAUGAGCAGUUAGCAGCAUCUUUCUUCGAGGCUAACAAGAAUUAUCGCGUGACUAAGGAUGACAUAGUCGACGGGAUAGAGAAAUGCUGGUUCAACGUUACCAACUACCUGAUUAGCGAAUCAAUAAAACAAGAAAACGAUUUCAGCAAUGAUGUAAAAACAACAGUCAACUCGAUGAAGUUCAAACUAGACCAACUGCUCACCGUUUCCUACUCGACUAAAAAAAUAGACACGGUAAAUGCGUCCUUCCAGUGGGCCCAAUCCCCCGAUCAUAUUUUCCUGAAUAUUAAGUUCUCCCACAGAUGGAGCUCGCCCGGCGCCCUAAAAGUGAAAGACGAAGAAGUGGUUGCCAAAGAAAACUUGUUUUCCUUUUCGGCCCUGAGUGAUGAUACCAAUUCCGUAACAAAAAAAUACACCGUCGAUCUGAUGCUUCUCCAUGAUAUAGACGAAUCGGAGACAAAGUACAAUUUCGCGUCUGUUGGAAAGGUCGUUGUUACUUUAAAAAAAAAAGAGAAGAGAAUUUGGAGGCGCCUUCUAAAGUCAAAGGAGAAAAAUUCGAACAUGCAAGUCUGGUGGGACAUGAAGGAGAAGUACCAUGACAGUGUGAAGUCGUUUUUACAGGAAGAGGAAAAAAAAAAUGAAGCAAAGAAUGGCAGCAAAGAAGCAAAUGAUAAAGACCAAACAAAUGUUAAUAACGAAGCGGGAGUCAUCCCCGGGGGAAAAAACAAAAUGGAAGAAACGCUGUUUGACGGGAAUGCAGAUGGAGAGGACGAAGGACACAACGACGAGGUGAUAUCAAGUGAGUCGAAAAAAAAUAACCCCACGCAGGAGAAAAACCAAGAAUUGUAA